AUGUUGACUUAAUCGCUGGUAUUACACACGACGAGGGCUCAAAGCUUAGCUAUCUAGUGAUCAAGGACCCUGAUCAUAUGACACUUAAUGAUUUUUACAACGGGUUAAAAGCUUUGGACGAAAGCAGUGGGUAUCACAACAUAGAUGUGCCGAAAGUAACGGCACAUUACCUGAAAGGUGUUAAUACUAGCGAUUCACUCGCUCUACGAACAGCUUUUAGCGCAUUAGCGGGUGAUUUAAUGCUCGGUUGUCCGACAUAUCUGUUCGCCAAACGAUUCGCACAAACUGUCAAAGAGUCGCAAAGGGUUUACUUUUACGAGUUGUUGUACGCAACUAAUUAUUUUGCUAAGCUGAUGAACUGUGAUGUAAAGACCGUGGGCAUUUGUCACGCCAUGGAUUUACCUUUUGUAUUUGGUUUACCAUUACUCGAUCCCAAUAAUUACACUCCAGAAGAUUUAUUUUAUUCCAAUUAUAUAAUGAAAAUGUGGACAAAGUUUGCCACCGAUGGACAUUUGAACCGUGAUUGGCCGCAACUCUUAAACGAUGACCCGAGCGGUGCGCCCAAAGUCCACGGUUUGGACCCAAAGAACUUACCCCUAGUAUUAAAAGACCCGUUUCAUGAAACGUGUGAUGGCGUGUGGGCCGAUUAUUUUCUAUAAAUAAAUGUAAAU